AUGAUGCGUCUUCUUGCACCUGUAUUGUUUGCGCUCUUCGCUACAGCGACAAUUCUAGAAAAUGGACAGCCCAGAUCCAACCCAUACCCGGGAAAGGUGGAGUUUCUAGAAUCUGGCCUUGAUGCGUCGGAAUGGAAGUCGUAUGGACCGGACGCGGGGGAGAUCUCGUAUAAGGGUCGCUGGGAUGAGCAGCAUGUCUCCUGGUGGUCAGCUCCAGGUAUCAAGUUUUCAUUUACGGGACAGAAGCUUGCAUUGAGCUUUGGCGAACAUACUGUACCCAAUGUUCUAGUCGCUUAUAGAAUUGGUGGGCAAGACUGGCAAUUUGCCAAUGUGACAGCAAAUGCCUCCUACCAAUUUGUCGGGCCUGCGACAACUGGUGUGAAUCUCACAGAUACUACUGCCAGGAAGAUAUUUGAGAUGAGAGUCCAAUUAGCCGGCGUUUCUGUCGCUACUCAUGCAACACUAAACAAGGUCAAGUCUUUUCCAAGAAUGGUGGAGAUCAUUGGUGAUUCGUAUGACCCCUGUCUGCAGUACGGGGGCUCUUUCAUAUAUAUUGACGAGCGCAGUCUGAGCUCGGGCGAUUACGCAACCUACGAAGGGCUCUCAUCCUGGGCAUACCUCUUCGCUGCUGGACUGGGAAAUGUGGAAUACUCUAUUACAGCCUACCCUGGAAUAUGUCUCCACGACCAGAAUUGCUGGGGAAACCCAAGGGGCCAUUCCUACCAAUACUACCGAACAACUGACACAUCUCCCCGAUCUUACGAGAUCUACGGCACCAACCCACCAAAAUGGAACUUCAAGGUCCAUCAGCCCGCCGACCUAGUCGUUAUCAACAUCGGCACAAACGACAACAACAUCGCUAAUAACGUUUCCAGCACUGAAUAUUACAAUGACUAUGUGACAUUAGUCGGGAACUUGCAUAAUAUAUGGCCGAAGGCUGAUAUUGUUCUUAUGGUACCCUCCACCAUCCUGCUCUCCUCAUUUCCUCUACAUACUAACAAGGUGCAGUCUCUUUGGGGCGGCUUCAGUCCAUCGGGGAUGACAUACGAACAGGGUCCUCUCUUCGUCAACGAGAUACACAGAGUCGUUAAACACUACCAGAAUCGCGGGUCCAGAAACUUCGUCCACUACUUCGAUACGACAGGUAUCCUGCAACACAAUGAUAUUGCACCUCAGUGGCAUCCCACUGAUGUAGGCCAUAUCAAGGUCGCAGCGCACUUCAUGCAAUGGGUGAAGAUGAGGUUUGGAUGGGAGAUGGAGGCGAUGGGGCCUAUGGUGCAUAGCGGAACGCUUUAUUGGAAUGAUCAGGAGAGUUAUUAA